AUCUAUUUUCCAGAAGCUUGUACAGAUGGCCGAUAGAUGCAGUCAAUAUGGUCUGCUCGUUUAUUUAUGCGUGUGUGAUUGCGCCUAUAGACUCAAAAACAAAGGGUAGCUAUAUCUUGACACUAGUAGCGGAGAUAUGUAUGGAGUAUAUAUCAAGGGUGUCCUAUUGUUUGUCUACAUAUUCGUCGUCUGUGGAAUACUAUACUGUAAUCACGUUGCCCAGAGGUUCUCAUUUUUGAACAAAAUGUUUUCCCGAGGCUUUAGCCCGAGUGCUAUCAACACUGACAUGAUUAGUAAAAUCUUUGUAAUCAAUUCAACGUCAGCGAAAAAAAUAGAGUCCAUGUCUUACCACCGCUUCAUUGUCGAAGAAAAUAAUAAUCUAAAUCAGACAUCGAUGGGAAGAAAUUCAACUUACGAACAAUCAACAUCAAAUGCAUUGGAAAGCGUUACCAUGAAAACCAUGGAACUUCCAACUUCUUCGACGACAACGAAAUCCAAAUUUUUAUUGUGCACUGGUACCAUGGGUAGAUUGGGCAAUCAUUUAUUCGAGUUUGCCUCAGGAUACGGCAUCGCGGCUAAAAAGGAUAUGCUGUCCGUCAUUCGACAGAAGGGUCUUGUUGAUUCUAUUUUUGAGCUGAAAAAUGACAGCCGGCUUUUGUUACUGCCAGAUUUGAAGGAAUGUAAAACAGUCUCCAAGCGGUUUGAGAGAUGGUGUAGUCGAUAUGAUCCUCGAUUGGAAAACUUCACGGUAAAUUCCAACCUUUGGAUUGGAUGGGGUUUGCAAUCUUGGAAAUAUUUCAACGACUCAUAUCGGGAAUUGCGUGAACAAUUAACGUUCAGAAAACACAUUCGAGAUAAAGUAGUUUCAAUUCAAGAGGGCAUUUUGAAAAAAUUCAACUUUACGUCACGAAGUGACGUCACUUUUAUAGGUGUGCACAUACGUCGAGGGGAUAUGUUAACGGACCCUCUUGGCUAUGACGUAGCUACGCCUGAAUAUCUUUCACGUGCAGUCACGUUUUUCCAAAACUACUCGAAUACAGUUUUUACUGUUUGUACAUUGGAUUUAGAAUGGUCAAAACAAUACAUGCCCAAAAACAUCAAAGUAGAAUUCAUUGUCGGGAAUUCACCGGAAGUAGACAUGGCUCUUCUUGCGUUUUCUGAUCACGUUAUUCAAACAGUGGGCACGUUCAGUUGGUGGUCUAGCUGGCUAAACAAUGGAACCGUCAUAUAUUACAAAUGGCCCGCCAAGGAAGGCGGGAAACUUCGAAAGACAUUUAGUGCUGAUUAUUCUGACUAUUUUUUGCCUCACUGGAUUGGAAUGUGAUACUUAAAGAUUCUAGUACCAUAAUGCAUUCAUCAUUCAAUGAUAUUUUUCAUAUUUACAAAAUGUUACACUUUGUAAAAAAUAAUCGCAUAAAUUUCUUUUGAAGGGCGUAUAACUCUUUUAAAAAUAGCAUUAACAGUUUAUUUAAUUGACUACAUACUUUCGCCUAAACUUGGUUUAAGUCAUUCUCAUAAUAAAUUCAAAAGACGUAUGAAAUGUAGCUAUGAUUUGUAAGAAUCGAUUAAUUCACCUCAGUUAUGUCAGUUAACUGCCUUUAUCUAAUCAAGCCUCUUGGUGUUAGCCACACAAUGUUCUCUACAGCUUUUUCUUGGUUGCUACACUCGUUUUUUUAAAAAUAAUUUUUCAUUGAGAGUUCGUAAUUUAUGCUUGUCUUACAAACUUAAAUUGUUUCUUUUUUACCUACUUGCGUAGGAUAGUAUGAAUGGGUUGUCUUUUUUUUCAACGGCCAUAACCUUAGUCCCUUUUGGUCUUUGGGCCUAUGGAGAAAAAACUGUUUUGUACUCAUUACGGGACUCAUUCGACAUGCGUUGAUUUGGGAGGGGGGCGGGGGGUCUGCAAUAUUCUUUAAAUUACAUUAUAGAAUUACGAAACUGAAACUUAUCUUAAAAGAUCACCCUUCUAUUAUACUUAUACUAGUAUGUAAUACAGUUAAUUGUUUUCUUUUAAAUUAGAGAAAGACCUUAACUUCACAUAAUUAUAUUUACCAAAGUCAUAAAACUACAUUACCUCUGCCCCUUCCAUAUUACUUUCAUCUUUCAAAGAGGGAUUAUCAUAGUAAUUUUUAUAAUAUGCCGUCUAAAAUCAAAAAGUACUUAUUUCUAAGCCUGUUAAUAAUUUACAAAGUGUGAUGAAUUCCUAUAAUCUCCCGGACCCUCUCUUAAUCUUAAAUCUUUGCAUUUCUGGCUAAUUUUGGCAUUAUUUAUCCUAGAGUCCAUUUUGAUAGUUUUGGGUUGUGAUUGUAUUUUGUUUUUGUUUAUG